AUGUAACAAGUCAAUUAAUUGAACUCCACUUAAUAACACAUAUUUUCCCAUUUGACUUAAGCUCCCCCUGAUCAAAUUUUUGGAAUUAUGAAUGCUUAUAAAGCAGACACUUCCGAUAAUAAGAUAGAUCUUGGUGUAGGAGCCUAUCGUACAGAUGAGGAAAAACCAUAUGUAUUUGACGUUGUGAAAAAAAUUGAAUAAGAGAUCAUUAACGACAAUACAUUAAAUAAAGUAUGAGUGAUAUUUAGAAUUAUUAAGGAAUAUUUACCAAUUGAAGGUUUGCCUGAUUUUAACAAGGGCUGUUAGAUGUUAUUAUUUGGCAAAGACAAUCCCUUAAUUGAAAGUGGAAGAAUUGUAACAGCUUAAUGUUUAGGAGGGACAGGAGCUCUUAGAGUAGGAUUUGAUUUUGUUAAAAGACAUUUAGCAGGGGAUGUCUAUGUCUCGAAUCCAACAUGGAGUAAUCAUAAUCAAAUUCUUGACAGAACAGGAUUAAAUUAAGUAAAUUACCCAUAUUAUGAUCCUAAUACAAAAGGAUUUAAUUGUUCAGCAACUCUUGAUUGUCUAUCAUAAGCUAAAUAGGGUUCAAUAGUAUUAUUACAUGUUUGUGCUCAUAAUCCAACAGGUGUUGAUCCAACUGAAACUGAAUGGUUAUAAAUUGCUGAUGUUUGCAAAGCAAGAAAUUUAAUACCAUUUUUUGAUUGUGCUUAUUAAGGAUUUGCUAGUGGAUGUAUUGAAAAGGAUGCAUUUGCUGUUCGUAAAUUUGCUGAACUAGGAUUUUAAAUGAUUGUUGCUUAUUCUUUCUCAAAAAAUAUGGGUUUAUAUAAUGAAAGAGUUGGAGCAUUACAUAUUGUCACACCUAAUAAGGAGAUUUCUGCAAUAGUAUUAAGCAAUUUAAAAAUUGUAAUCAGAACUCUGUAUUCUUGUCCUCCUGCUAUUGGAGGGAGAAUUGCAAGUAGGAUUCUUUGUAAUGAGAAAUAUUUCAAAGAAUGGAUUGAAGAAUUGAAUACAGUUACAGGACGUAUAAUACGAAUGAGAACUCUUCUAAAGAAUGAAUUAGAUAAGCUUAAUGUUUAAGGAAAUUGGGAUCACAUUACUAGAUAAACAGGAUUCUUUACAUUUACAGGUUUGACACCAGAGUAAUGUGAUAAAUUGACAUAAGAACAUCAUAUUUAUUUACUUCGAUCAGGAAGGAUGUCAAUGGUAUAAAUUCUUAUUUAUUAUAUAGGCAGGAAUAACUUCUAAAAAUGUAAGUUAAUUAGCAGAAGCAAUUAAAAUUGUUGUCUAGAAUGAAUGUGAUAUAUUAUUAAAUAAUUGAA